AUGGCUGUCGAUGCCUUGUCUGGAAAUCAGCAGUUCCGCCUCUCUGAGGCCGUUUCCACCAUCCAGGAGGUUGCCUAUGACUUGAACCGCCGCCUCCAAACAGAAUGCGACCCAGACUCGGUGGAUCUCAGCGAUGCCCACAAUAUUGCGCAGAUCUGCCAAGGCGUGGGGUUCAUCUCGCUUGCCAUGUGGCUCAUCUUCGCGAACAACUCGAAGGUGGCCGUGGCUCAGAAGGCGCCACUCGAGCAGCGCCAUGCAAUCUGUGCGACGAUCAGUACGGCAGUCGCGCUGUUCUCCGGCUUCUUCAACAUCCUGCAGCUCACGGCGAUUGACGACUUCGACCUCCCCGGGCGUGCAAACAACUUCACGCUCAACUUGUCGCGCCCCAUCGAGUGGAUUGCGACGUGCCCGAUCAUGCAGCUGAAGCUGGUUGUCCUCGCAGGCGCUCGUGUCCCAAGCUACCGGCGCUUCAUGAUGCCCUUGAUCUGUGUGUCGGUGCUCCUCUGCGGAACGGCCUCCAUGUUCACAGGAGAUGCCCUGCGCUACGCUUGGUAUGCAUUCGGAAUGUUCCUUGCCCUGGUCAUGUUCUACCACAACGCUUUGCAAAUCCGAGAGAACAGCGAGGGGGAGGAGAGCAUCCUACAAGGAGACUCCGACUUCCGCAAGCUCUCCAUUCUUCUGAUUGUCACGUGGUUCCCGUUCCCGCUGUGGUUCUGCCUGAGUGUGGAGGGCUGGGGUGUGAUCACGGACUACCUGGUCAUCGAAAUGGGCUGGGUCGUCCUCAACAUCGUAUCCAAGUUCACCUUCAUCAUCUGGAUGCAGCGCAUGAAGAUGGUCCAUGGCAAGAAGCUGGAGGCUGCGCGUGAGCUUUAUGGGCUGUCGCCCAGUGACCACGUCGAUGAGGAGGAUCUGAAGAAGAAGGCCAAGGCGCAAGGUGGAGGAGCUGUUGGACUGGGUGGAGUGUGUGCAGACAAGUACGGUCUUGGUGCCGGCGAGGAGGCAGACAGCGAACAGAAGCUCGUGGAGGUCAUCUCGGAGACCAUGGUAACCUUGGGCAUGAGCACUCACACGGAUCGCCUGCUGAAGCUUUUGGUCGAGAACGGCGUGACAAACACUGCUGUCCUCGAGCGCUUGAAUGGGGAGCGAUGCAUGGAGCUGAACCUCCCCUGGGCCCUCAUCGACGCAGCCCAGAAGCGCUGGAUCGCCGAGAAGAUGAACAUGGGCCAGGAUCAGGGAGGCCAGAUCGAAAAGGAGGAUCCCUUCAAGAAGAUCCUGGAGGCGAACAAAGAGCGCAUGACGGGCAAGCAGUUGGUGCAUGGACUGCCUGGUAUGCCGGGAGGAGUCAACACCCCUCCUCUGUCGAACGGGAUGAGCGGUCUGAUGGGGAUGGGCGACGAAGAGGCACUGGCGGCGGCCGUCAGCCGAGCGAUGAUGCCGUUCCAGGACUCCAUAAUGACAAAGAUGCACAUGAUGGAGGAGGCCAUGCAGCGGCACUUGGAAGCCAUGCAGGAGGCAAUCUCCCAGAGGAUGGACUUCUCGCAGGUGUCGCUCCUGCAGACCGUCAAUGCUUGCCAAGUGCUGCUCCACAAGCUGGACUCCUCCCAGGAAGCUGUCAUCCAGAAGAUGGACACUCAGAAGACGACGGUGGACCAAAUGGUGAAUUCCUACGGCAACCUGGUGACCAACAUCGCAGGUGCCAGCGAGAGCACCAAGAGCGCACUUCUGGACACGGUCAACACCUCCUCCUCUGCCCUCCUGAAGAAGCUGGAUGCCACGCAGCAGGACCUGCUGAAGCAGAGCCACGAGUCGCACGCCGUGCUCGAGGGCGUUGCGGCCAGUCAGACCACUCUUGCAAAGAAGGUCGACUCAGGCAACGAGUUCACCCAGCGCCGCCUUGUUGACAUGGAGGGCUGCAUCGAGCGGAAGAUGAGCGACGUCAGCGACAGCCUCUCGCGAUCCCAGACGCAAUGCUCGGACAAGAUGCUCUCCGCCCUGCGAGGGGACUUGGCCACCUUGCAGGCUCAGGGCAACGCGAUGGCGGUCGCCACGGAGAAGUCCUCCAACACGCAAGAGGAGCGCAUGGCUGAUGUCCGCCGUCAGAACAUGAUGAUCAUGGACAUGCUGACGAAUGCACAGGAGACGAUGCACUCCAGCGCCGAGAGCUUGCAGAGCUUCACGCGCGCCGAGAUCAUGCGAGAUUCCGCCGCAAACAUGGAGAUGCAGCUGCGUGAGGUGAUUGUCAAGCAGAUGAACAACUUGCAGGAAGCUUUCCUCGGCGAGGGCGAUGAGGGAGCCAAGUCAGGCUCCUUCAAGGCGGCCGUGGGCUCCAUGGUGGACCGACUGGAGGAAGUGUCAUCUCGCCUGGAGUUGGCCUCUGCCGCCAGCAACGCUCAAGCUGACUCAAAAGGAGGCAGCGUUGAAAUGGAGGAGUUGAUCCGUCGGGAGCUGGCUGCAGUGGCCAUGGCUCUUUCCCAGCAGCAGCGCGAGACGGCCCAGGAGAACUUGGUCCAGGUUGGGCAGACGGUUCGCUCGGAGAUGAUGCCGCUGAAGGAUGCCACGAUUUCGGCUGCCGGAACGGUGGAUGCCAAAGUCAAUGAGAUGAACGAAUCCUUGAGUCAGAGCAUGACGCGUUUCGAACUGGGCAUCGACAAGGUUUUGCAGACAGUCGACUCGGCCAAGGGUGCGAAGGAUGAGGGCAAGCGCGGAGGCCGUGGAAGCUCCGACCGUGGCUGA